AUGUGCAUGUGUCUGCUCAAGCGGUCAGAAACAGACUCCAUGAGGGUGUAUGAGGGCCCGACGUCCACAGGUAAUGCCACAGGUUCCUGUAAGGGCGGCAUGCCAGUUGUGGUCAGCUGUGUACCUGGACCACAGUACGUACACAACAACGGACUGAAGAAGAAACUGAAAACCACGAGCACGGUGAGGCUGAAGGGUGGUGCCAAGCUGGGUGAGGGCAGAGUGGAGGUACUGAGGAACAAUGAGUGGGGCACGGUGUGUGACGACCGUUGGACCCUGCUGUCUGCCAGCGUAGUGUGUAGGGAGCUGGGCUUUGGAUCUGCCAAGGAGGCCCUGACUGGAGCUCGCAUGGGACAAGGGAUGGGUCCUAUCCACAUGAAUGAGGUCCAGUGUCUGGGGACGGAGAAGUCGAUGUGGAACUGUGGCUUUAAGAACAUAACCUCAGAGGACUGCCAGCAUGUAGAAGACGCCGCUGUGAGGUGCAACCGCCAUACAUGGCCCUGGAGAACUCGGGGUGGCGCCAACCCAGACAGGAAGAUCACAUCGAUCCGUCUGACGGGGGGCCGUGCGCGGUAUGAGGGGCGGGUGGAGGUGCUGAACACAGAGGCUAACGGGACCAGGAUCUGGGGGCUGAUCUGUGGAGGGGCCUGGAGCACCAAGGAGGCCAUGGUGGCCUGCAGACAGCUGGGGCUGGAAGCUCGCUAA